AUGGACGAACUCUCCGAAGAGGACAAGUUAACAGUGGCCCGCGCGAGGAAGAUCCAGCGCUUCCUCUCACAGCCUUUCCAGGUGGCUGAAGUGUUCACUGGCCACGUGGGCAAGUUGGUGAAACUGGAGGACACAAUCAAGGGUUUUCAACGGAUCCUCAAAGGCGAACUGGACCACAUCCCUGAAGGGGCCUUCUACAUGGUGGGCACCAUAGAAGACGUUAUUGCGAAAUCUCAAGAAAUGGCUAAGAGCAUAUAG